AUGUCGAAGUCCUCUGAGUUUAGGUUUGUGAGAGGACCACAUUUUGGUUCUUGUCAUUUUAAUGAAAAGGAUGAAACCUUUCGGCUUCCUAAUCUUCGAAUCUUAUGUCUUGAGGUAUCUAACGAACAUUGGGGACGCGCCAUUGGAGCUCUUGUCAAACUAGAAAUACUCGAAAUUCGUUAUGGAUGCUCAAGGUUGCCUGGAGAAAUAGGACAACUAAAAAAUCUAAGGUUGCUGGACUUGAGGAGGGUCGAUCGCCUUGAAUACAUUCCAUCAGGCGUAUUGUUAACGCUGUCUAAACUAGAAGAGUUGUAUUUACCAUAUCGCUUUGGGAAUUGGGAACCCAUGGAAGACGGAAGGAAAACCAAUGCAAGCCUCAGCGAGCUAGACACUCAUCAUAUGACUGCAUUAGAAAUUUCUGUACCAAAAGCCUCCAUUUUGCCUGAAGUUUCAGUCUUUAGAAACUUAGAAAGAUUUAAAAUUUGUUUAGGCUGCACAAAUGAAAUUGUAGCUGACAGAAAUUAUGCGAAAGUGUUGCAACUUAGAGAUGAUGCAAGUGAUAUUAAAGAAACUGGGAUGAAAGUCUUGAUGGGGAAAGCUGAAGUCUUGAAUUUGAUAAAAGUGAUAAAUAUGAAGGAGGUAAUAUCAACUGAUGAAUGUGUUGAACAGGGGAUUCCACGGUUACCAGAAAUUCAGCUUCCAUACUUUGGGAAAUUGAGAGAAUUAAAUAUACAGUCAUGUGAUGAGUUGAAGUACUUCAUUCCACUAUCCAUGGCUAAAGGAUUGAGACAACUUCAUAAAAUAUCUGUACAGCGCUGCAAAGAGAUGGAGGGAAUUUUCUACAACAGCGAAGUGGACGACGAGGUUGAGUUUCCCGAACUUACAGAUUUGGAGCUGAGGGACCUACCAAACUUCCUUGGUUUUAUCAUCAACAAAUCCUUGUCCUGGAAGGUUCAAACUCAAGAUUUCACGGUUCUGCAAGUGACUCCAAAUAUUGGCAAGGAUAUAGACCAACCGAGCACAUCUCAAAGGAACAAUAGUACAGAAAUUGAGCAUGCCCAACUUCAAUCUAUGGCUGGACCAGUAGAAAUGAUUUCUAUAUUAUUUCCAUCCCUUUGCCAACGACUAUCAAAUUUACAAAAGCUUAUAUUGGAAUCAUGUGGUUUGUUAAAAGUGGCUUUCCCUCCCUCUAUAGCUCGACAAUUGGUGCGGCUUAAAGAGUUAACUAUCUUUUUUUGUGAUGAGAUAGAAUAUAUUAUUGCAGAAACACAAGAUGAAGAAAAAGACAAGAGAAUAAGCAAAAUAGUGUUUCCCAACCUAAUUUUGCUUAAACUUUUUAGCCUACCAAAGCUGAUGGCUUUUUGUGCAGACAAUCAUAUUUCUUUUGAUUGGCCCUCAUUAGAACGCUUUACAUUGGAUCAUUGUCCUAAAAUGGAGAAACUUUGUUCUGCAAUUCCAGACUCAUCUACAUUGAAGAAUAGUUUUGAUCAAAGUGGUCUCAGUGGCAAGGAAGUCAUGUAUCCAACAAGCUCAGUUAUUCAACAGUUAGUAAGAAGAGGAAGAAAGCAAAAAGAUGUUUCCAACAAAGAGGAUAUAGACCAACCGAGCACAUCUCAAAGGAACAAUAGUACAGAAAUUGAGCAUGCCCAACUUCAAUCUAUGGCUGGACCAGUAGAAAUGAUUUCUAUAUUAUUUCCAUCCCUUUGCCAACGACUAUCAAAUUUACAAAAGCUUAAAUUGAAAAAAUGUGGUUUGUUAAAAGUGGUUUUUCCUCCCUCUGUAGCUCAACAAUUGGUGCGGCUUAAAGAGUUAACUAUCCUUUAUUGUCCUGAGAUAGAAUAUAUUGUUGCAGAAACACAAGAAGAAGAAAAAGACAAGAGAAUAAGCAAAAUAGUGUUUCCCAACCUAAUUUUGCUUGAACUUUGUAGGCUACCAAAGUUGAUGACUUUUUGUGCUGACAGUCAUAUUUCUUUUGACUGGCCCUCAUUAAAAGAUUUUAGUUUGGUUGAUUGUCCUAAAGUGGAGAAACUUUGUUCUGCAAUUCCAGACUCAUCUACAUUGAAGAAUAGUUUUGAUCAAAGUGGUCUCAGUGGCAAGGAAGUCAUGUAUCCAACAAGGUUAGUAAGAAGAGGAAGAAAGCAAAAAGAUGUUUCCAACAAAGAGGAUAUUGAACAGCAGAAUACAUCUCGAAUGAAUAAUAAGACAGAAAUUGAGCAUGCCCAACUUCAAUUUACAACUGGACCAGUAGAAAUUAUUUCUAUAUUAUUUCCAUCCCUUUGGUUACUAUCAAAUUUGCAAGAGCUUAGGUUGAAUAGAUGUGGUUUGGUAAAAGUGGUUUUCCCUCUCUCUGUAGCUCAGCAAUUGGAGCAGCUUAAAUAUUUAACCAUAUGGGAUUGUCCUAAGAUGGAAUAUAUUGUUGCAGAAGCACAAGAAGGAAAAAACAAGAGAAUAAGCCAAAAAGUGUUUCCUAACCUAAUUCGGCUUAUUCUUCUUAGGCUACCAAAGCUGAUGGCUCUCUGUGCUGACAGUCAUAUUUCUUUUAACUGGCUCUUAUUAGAAGACUUUAUAUUGGGUGAUUGUCCUAAAACGAAAAUUCUUUGUUCUACAAUUCCAGACUCAUCUACAUUGAAGAAAAGUUUUGAUCAAAGUGAGCUCAGUGGCAAGGAAGUCAUGUGUCCAAUAAGCUCAAUUAUUCAAGGGUUAGGAAGAAGAAGAGGAGAGAAAAAAGUUUCCAACAAAGAGGUUUCAUUAAUCAAGAAUCAGGAGGAUCCAUCUGUUAGCCAUAUUGAUGAAAAGACAAGGAAAUGUUAUGCAUUUCCAUCCAAAUUGAUUGAAAGAUUGCAAAAUUUGAAAAAUCUUAAAAUAUUUGAUUGUGAUUCAAUGGAAGUGAUAUUUUCAUUUGAGGGGCUGAUUCCCAAGGAAUGCCAUGCUACUACUGGAGUACUCAAUACUAUGGAAGAGAUGCGUUUCAACAGGUUAUCAAAUUUGAAGCACGUAUGCUUUAAGAUUCCACCAGAAAUCAAAGCCUUCCAAAAGCUACAAAAGUUGGAAGUAGAAUCUUGUGACAAUUUAGUAAACCUUUUCUCACCUGGCUUGGCCAAACUUCUAGUGAAGCUACAACAAAUAGAGAUUGCUAACUGCAAGAUGAUGGAGGAAAUUAUUGGAAAAGAGGAUGAAGAAAAACAAGAGGAAAGCAUGCAAAAAAUUGUGUUCCCUCAACUAAGCUCUCUGACUUUUGGGAAUUUACCCAACUUCAAGGGAUUUUACAGUGGGAUUUAUGCUCUUGAAUUGCCAAAGAUACAAAAACUAACAAUAUUUGGUGAGAAAUGCACUGUGAAUGAAUCGCUGUUGACAAGAUUACUCAUCCGUCGCAAGAAUACUUUGAGAAGGAUAGAGGAUGGCCAACCAUCAGAUGGUGAUUUAAGUAAUGUACGUGUUUUGGAUGUUGAAAACUGUCAAGACUGGGUGAAUUUGAUUCCCUACAUUUUGAUAGAAUGUGUUCAAAAGUUGGAAGAGCUUUCUGUGCACGACUGCGGUUCAUUGAUGGAGAUAUUCGAUUUUGAAGGAGUGAAUGCUGAUGGAGGAAAUGUUGUAACACUCUCUCACCUUGAAGAAGUCCGGCUAUCAAACCUACCAAAACUUGUGCACAUAUUCAAGAAAAUUCCAAAAAAUGUCAUUGGCUUUCAGAAGCUGAGAAAGCUAAAUGUUUAUGAUUGCAACAGUUUGAGAAACAUAUUAUCAGUUGCCGUGGCUAAGUGUCUUGUACAACUCCAAGAACUAGACAUAAGGAGUUGUUAUAUGUUGGAGGAAAUAAUAGUUCCGAAUGAGGAUGAAAAAGAAGAAGAAGCAAGCAAGGACAUAAUUGUGUUCCCUAAACUAAAGUCUCUGGUAUUUAAUUACUUACUCAGUCUCAAGAGUUUCUGCAAUGGGAUUUAUGCCCUUGAAUUUCCAUUAUUAGAAAAUCUGAACUUUUUGGAAUGUAAUGGGAUGAAGACAUUCUCUUAUGGAUCAUUAAGCAUGCCAAAGCUAAAGGAACUUAAUAUAAAUUUUGAGAACCAUCAAUUAAUGGGAACUCCAGACCUUAAUUCAACAAUGAGUCACUUGUUCAAGGAAGUUGUUGCUAAUGAUGAAUCUGAUUCUUCCGAGUGUGAAGUAGAUGAUAAAUCUGAUGUUGCCAAGUGUGAAGUAGAUGAUGAAUCUGAUGAUGCCAAGUAUGAAGUAGAUGAUGAAUCUGAUGUUAAGCAACUUUAAAUCCUUGAUGAUGCCAAAUUUCAGGCAGAAGAGCAAAAUGGCAUUCAAUUCUUAAGGAGAUUUAGAACUCUGGGGCUGCUGGAUCCUUGCUGUUGCGUUGGUUUCCUCGGAGGCGUUUGUUGUUUCUUUGGGCUUCCAAUUCUUUGAUUUGGUGGUCUUUUUGAUCUUGGUGCUGUUGGUGUCUUCUUGCUCCUUUGUUAUUUGGAGUUUGCUGUUUCUUUGGGUUUGCUUUGCUGUCCUUGAUGUGCUGCUGCUCUUGGAACCUGCUGUCUGUUGAUAUUUAAUUUGGGAUUUUUGUACGAUGUGGAUAUAACUAUCGCUUGUUUGAUUAAGUUUCUUAUGUUAAGUUUGAUUUUAAAGGAGUUUGGGGUGUCUCUUGGCCCUAACUUUGCGAUUUGCUCAA